AUGUUAGCUCCUCAAUACAUUUUAACGAAAUUUCAGGAAUUUUUAGAAACAUAACUAGAGAAUAAACCGAAUAAAAAUGAAGUAAUAAAGAAAUUAAGAGACUUUAAUAGAUAUUUUGCAGCAAACAAUUACAAUAUCGGCAAAGGGUUUGAAUAUUUUUAGAAUAAUCAAAACAGCAUGCAAUAAUUGGCACCUAUUCCAAAAAUAAUUAUUGACAAACUUCAAAUACCAGAAACCACUAUGCAGCUUACUGGACAAGGCUUGCAGGGCUUGUAUUAUGCAAUUAUGAUUGGAUUAUAAAAUAAGAAAGGGUAAUUUAUUGCCGAAGGGACAGCUUAUUAACAAUUAAAUUAACUGAUUAAAACAAACUAAAUUCAUUAGAGUAUAGGAUUGUGGUACUUUACAGAGAUAGCGUCAAUUCUUUUGAAAAAUAGUAUAAAUCUUAAUUUGAGUAACCAUCUACUAGAAAACGGCAUAAAAAUUAGCGAUUAAAUUGACAUCAAGAAUUUGUCAAUUGGAUAGAGUGCACUUUUAGUUGAUAAUCUUAAAUAUGUUAUUAAUGUUGAUAUACAAUAAAUACUUUAUUACAAGCCAAAUAAAACAUUGCACAGAUUGGUAUUAUUGAAUUCCAGCCUUCCAAAUUGUGUUAAGAUAAUGAUAGAAAAUGACAUUUAUUAAGAUGUGCUGUUGUUUUCUUUAUUCCAAGAGGAUUAGAAUAAUCAAAGAAAUCAAUAAUAAAAAUAUCCACAACAACAACAACAACAAUAUUAAUCUCAAUAAUAAUAAAUAUAAUACAGUGGGUAAUCAAGUAAUAAAUCAAUAUCAAUUCAGUAAUAAGUGAAGAUGCUUUUGGAAGAGAUGAAUCAAUAGACUGAUUUAUUAAUAGAGCAAAAUCAGUUGAAAACAUUACCUGAAUUUAAAGCCUAACAAUAUGUUAAGUAAAUGAAGAAUCAAAUAUUGUCAGAAGAGAAGAAGAAAAAGUGUCUCAAAUGUUAACAGGAAUUUAGUAGCGAUAUUGGAAGCAUCGCAGGGUAAAUUACAAAUUUUUGUAUGAAAUGUUAUAAAGAAUUUUCAAUUUGA